UCAGCUGUUUUCCUCGAUCCGGGACAUGCACGUUGUUCUUUGUCAGUAAUUGUAGCAGAGCUGCAAUGCCAAACCUAUAGUUUCGUCCGUGUACAUGGGGACUUACGCCUUCCGGCCUCAGCAUCUGGUUACUUUCUAGAUAACUUUUAGCACAUUACCUCGAAGGACUUGUUUUGUAGUAUACAAUGUCCGUAUGAAAGCUUGAAGGGCGCGCGAACGUCGCGCGCUCUGCCACUUUCAGCUCUGCAAAAUGGCUGCAAUGCAGCAACCGCUGCAAACUAUCAAUCCCGUAUGGCUUGCACAAAGCCGUCUACGGAGAAGAAAAUUUGACUCUUGCAUCGAACUAUGCACUGGAAUUCUGGAGAAGAACCCUUACGACCAGGCUGUAUGGUACCUCAAGACUCGUGCACUUACGCUAAAGAACUGGAUUGAUGACCUGGAGAUUGAGGAGGAGGGCGUGGCUGACGUGUUAAUGGACGAGCACCAGGUGGCGCAGGUGCCCCGGCCCGGCACCUCACUGGCUCGGCCCCUCACCAGCGCGCAGGGAUCGGGCGCCCCCAGCCAGGCCGUGCGCCCCAUGACCGGCAGCGGGCGGCCGCUGACGGGGUUCGCGCGCCCCGGCACCGGCUCCAACCGCCCCACCAACUCCUCCUCGGGCCGGCUGGGCACCGCCAGCCUGCAGCAGGCGCUCAAGGGGGCCAAGCCGGGGACCGCACGACCCGUCACCACGUCGGGAAGGUUCGUGCGGCUGGGCACCGCCAGCCUGGCCUCCGAGCCCGGCGGCCCCUUCAUCGCCGUGGAGCGGCUGGACCUGCGCAAGUACGCUGCCCGGCCGCAGCUGGCGCGCGUGCUGUGCGACUACCUGAUCUACACGGAGCACAACAUGAAGCGCGCGCUGGAGCUGUGCGCCAUUGCAACACAGGUGGCGGAGUACCAGGACUGGUGGUGGAAGGCCCGGCUGGGCAAGUGCUACUACCAGCUGGGGCUGCUGCGGGAUGCGGAGCGGCAGUUCAAGUCGGCGCUGGGGCAGGGGCAGGGGCAGGCGGGGGGAGGGGGGCUGGCGGGGGGGAUCAUGGGGGGCAUGGGGGGAGGAGGGGGGGCAGGCGGAGGAGGAGGGGGAGGAGGUGGGGUAACCGCCAACGGUCUCAACGGUGGAGCGGUUAUGAUUAGUUGCGUGCUGGAGCUGUGCAAGAUCUACCUGCGAAUGGACCAGCCCAACACCGCCCUGGAGCAGUACACCUCGGCCCUGGCCGCCCACCCGGGGGACUCCAGCCUGCUGCUGGGGGUGGCGCGCGUGUACGACGCGCUGGGUGACGCGGAGAAGGCGGUGAGCUUCUACAAGAACGUGCUGUUCCACGAUGCGGGCAAUGUGGAGGCGAUUGCGUGUCUGGCGGCACACCACUUUUACACGGACCAGCCGGAGAUUGCGCUCAGGUACUACCGUCGUCUGCUGCAGAUGGGGGUGACCAACGCGGAGCUCUGGAACAACCUGGGGCUCUGCUGCUUCUACGCAUCGCAGUACGACAUGUGUCUGGGCUGCUUCGACCGCGCCCUGUCCCUGGCUGACGACACCUCGCUGCCCGACAUCUGGUACAACAUCGGGCAGACGGCGGUGGGCAUUGGGGACCUGGCGCUGGCGUACCAGGCGUUCAAGAUCGCCAUCAGCCUGAACCCCAACCACGCGGAGGCGCUCAACAACCUGGGGGUGCUGGAGUACCGCAAGGGGAACGACGAGUCGGCAGCGGCGCUGUUCCGCUCCGGGGCCCGCGAGGGCGGCCACGUGUUCGAGGUGUUCUUCAACGGCGCGCUGCUGGCCUACAAGGCGGGCGACUUCCAGGUCAGCUUCCAGCUGGUCAACCAGGCGCUGGAAGCCUACCCCGAGCACACCGAGUCGCACGAGCUGCUCAAGCAGCUCAAGGCGCACUUCACAAUGCUGUGAUACAGGCAUACAGCGCCGUGAUCGGUUGGGAUGGGACGCAUGG